AUGGCAGAGAUGCCCCAGUACCACUACAUAGAGGGCGUGGAAAACCUUGAUGGGUAUAAGCCUGGUGGGUACCACCCCGUCGGUCCUGGCGAGAUCCUCAAAGAACGAUACUGCAUCGUCGAUAAGCUGGGAUCCGGGGGGUAUGCCACCGUUUGGCUCGCAAGAGAUACCAAUGAAGGCCGCUAUGUGGCCCUCAAAAUCGCCUUGGCGGAUUGCGGUGUCUCUGGCCGAGAGUCUAAGAUUCUCCAAGCUCUGUCUUCGACCGCAGGUACGGCUGUUCCCGCCAUCAUCGACGAGUUCGAGGUCCAGGGCCCAAACGGCACCCAUUUUGUGUACGCAAUGCCACCGGCUCAGUGCGAUCUGGAAUCAGGAAUGGGAAUGGGAAUGUUCCAACUCAAAAUAGCGCGUGCGAUUUGUGGCAGGCUCAUUGCGGCUGUCGAUAUGUCACACUCUCAAGGCUACGUCCAUGGUGGUCUAUCAAAAGAUCUUCGACCUAGCAAUGUUCUCUUGAUGCCCUUCCCCGGCUUUGAUGAGCUCUCGAUUGAUCAGUUCCACGAGAAGUAUGGCAUGCCAGAGACGAUUCCUAUCGAGCGGUUCGAUGGAAAACCACUGUCGCCGCAUGUCCCGAAGGAAGCAGUCGAAGCACUCGACAUGAGCAUGCCUGCCAACGAGUUCGAAUUGUGCGACACGGCCAUUCUUCUGAGCGACUUUGGCGAGUCGUUCUCGCCGUCGGCAGGCGAGUCGCGCCUAGGACAAGAUUCACACACCCCCGGAAACGUGCGACCGCCUGAGUGCUCGCUCGACCCGACCUCACCCAUGUCCACUGCUGCUGACAUCUGGCAGCUGGGAUUGGCGCUGUGGAAGGUCGUGGCCUUGAGGCCCUUGACCUCGACCGGGUUCGGAAGCCCGGCCGAGAUUAUCAAAGAGCUGAUCGACAUGCUUGGGCCUCUCCCACCCGCGUGGCGGGAUUCCUGGGAGGAUAUGCUCUCGAAGUACUUUGAGAAGACUGGGAGGCGACUUGAUGGCGCCAGGAUGUACUGGUCAUCGCUGGAAGAUGCAUAUGAGGGAUGCGUGGAGAAGCACCGCGCGAGAUUGCAGGUCGGUACCCUGGACGACGCGGAGCGAAAGGCCUUCCUGGAUCUUAUGCGUCGCAUGCUCGCGUAUCUACCCGAGGAGAGGCCAUCGGCGCAAGAGGUUCUACAGUCGGAUUGGGUGGUCAAGUGGGUGAAGCCCGACAUGGAGCAGAGCAUCCAGGAGACUUGGAGACUUGUUGUCGCUUCAGCAAAGGAAUGCCCCGACGUUACAGUUGCGACUGCGACGGAGCUGUGCGACAGCGAUGAUUCCGGCAUAUGCCUUUCACUGGAUCCGCCUAUGACCGAGACAUCGGACCUUCACAACGGUUCCGGUGCUUCUGAUUCUGGUGUUUCUGUCUAG